CCUGUCUGCCUCCUGGACACGGCUCCUUUAAGAGGCGAGGCUUCAGAGGAACGCGGUGGGGCGUUUCCAUGGAGACGGCGAGUUUAUAUUCCAGAGAGUUGGAAGGGGCAGAGGGUGGAGGGGGAUCGGAUAGGGCAAGACGCCUGGCCCUCCGCCCCUCCGCCCGGUGUCGCAGGUGAGGGCUACCGCAGAGUUAUGUCCGUGAGUCCGUAGGGAGUGAGGAAGUGUGGGAAGAGUAAAAGGUCUGGGGCGGAAGUGGGCUCGGUGGGACGAGACGUAGCCUCAUUUAUCGUGGAAUUGAAUUACAGCACCCAUGUUGCCCUUGUCUGGUGUAUCUGAGGAACCUUUGCAGUUGGUACCAUCACUCUGGAGAAUGGUAGAGGAACAAUUAGCACCCAGUGAGAGGCUUGAGGCGAAAGCUAUCUUGGGUCAUGGCCUUGUGGAACGGAGCUUGGAACUUCAUGCUGAGGUGCGGACACUGUUGGAAUUCCAUCAGGAGUUGCAGUCAGGCUGCCUUGGAGUGGAACAAAGCCCACUGCAAGCGGCUGACAGCUGGGCCUUGCUGGCAGCUCCCCCCAAUCUCAAGGAGCUGGUGAGGGAGGAGAUCCGCCUUCUUCUAAUUGGCCUGCAGCAGAAGGCAUCACAGGAGGGCAGAAACCAAGAUUGUGCUAUCGCUAAAUACAGCCCUCAUGUGGUCACCUUUGCACUGAAGGCAAAUGCUGGCAAUAGUCAGUCUUCAUCUGGGAGCAGUGCCCUAGUCAGGCCAUUAUUCUCCAGAACCGCUAAUCUGGAAUCCUUCUGUAAUAAACUGAAUAUUGCCCAUAUCAGUGAGGUAGCCUCUCAACUUCGAACCUUGCUAGAGGAUGAGUGCUGUGAUCUGGAAAGAUACAUCCCUUAUUUACAGUGCCAACUGGAGGAGGCGCAUCAGCAUGCUACAGAGCUGCUAGAGGCAACACAUGAACCCACCAUGGCUGAAUUACAAGAGGAGAAGCGCGCCAUGGAACGGGAUUUGCAGCUAAGCCAGCCUAAGCUAGGCACCAGCCCUUCCCUGAUGUCGAAACAUCUUGGGAGUAGCAGCUACCAGCCGCAAUUCAGUGGUUUAAGAGGCGUGGCAAAAGGACCAAGCUUUGGAGAGAUCAGUCCUGCUUCUUCACCAACUCUCAGAGACCAGACUUCUUCUUUAUGCCAUCAGGCACUACCCCGGCGGGGCCACUCAGCACGAGGGUCCUAUGGAUGGCCACAGCGAGAUGGUGAGGAACCCAACCAAGCCAGGAAGGACAAUGAUGUUCUGCUGCCCAGACCUGUGCUGCCAGUGCCUCUGAAAGGGGGCAGGAUUGCUUCAGCCUGCGGGUUGGCAGUAGCAGGGUUGGAUGUCUUCCACCCCAAACCUCCUACAGAGCCAUGCCCAGUGCCCCGCUUCUGCCCUCGCACUCGGCUGCUACGAUGCAAAGGACCCAGCUAGGGAACAGAUAGCUGCCACCUUCCCUUAAGUACGUCACUUCCCACUCCCAUGCUGCAGGGGACCCAGCCCUGCAGCAUCCUGUGCCUCAAGAGUUGCUGCUGUUGCCUUUUGCUCAUCCUUGUGAACAGGGUCAAUGGGAUUCCAGGGAAAGCAAAAAGGCAAAGAAAUGCAUAUAUACAACCUCCCCAACCCAUGAAUGCAGAUAAACUACUUGCAAGUGGGACUCAUGCCAGUGAGAUGCUUCUUCUCCUUCUUGUCCACAACACAGGGCAGUGGGCCUUGUGGCAGUGAGGCUGUGAACCCAACCCACACCUUCCCCAUUCCUCCACGCAUGCCAAAGAACUGUACCACCCAAGGUUCAGGAAUAUAAAUUUCAUUAAAAUCUAUCAGACUUUAAAAAUCUACAA